GAUCAUAAAAACCUUCACGUCAGCCCAGUUUCUAAAGUUGCAGUAACCUUAUCGAUCUUCUCCACAUUCGUUUCUUAUUUCCGUCGUAACACAAUGGGUGCAUUCCAGAAAUGUGCCGGUCUUGUGCUAUUUUUGGCACAGCUUGCACCUGUCCAGUCUAUGAAGCUUGACAGCAAGGAUGGCAUCUUGGACGCGUCUAAGGGUCUCGCUGGGGAUCUCAUCAGCUUCUACAAGGGCAAUGAGAGUGGCCAAACCCCUGGUCUUCUCCCUGAAAGAACUAUGGGAACAGAUGGGUACUAUUGGUACCAGUCGGGGGCCUUCAUGGGUUCUUUUGUGGACUAUUGGCAAUUGACGGGCGACAAGACCUACAACAACCUCGUUACGGAGGGCAUCCAAUGGCAGGUUGGCAAGGAAAAGGACUUCAUGCCAGCCAACAACACCGCGAGCAUGGGUAAUGAUGAUCAGUCCGUUUGGGCAUUUGCUGCCCUGACAGCCGCCGAAUAUGGCUAUCCUGAACCCUCCAAGGGCCAACCUCAGUGGCUCGAUCUUGUCAUUGCAGUCUGGGAAGAGCAACGUGCGCGAUGGGACACAGAAGUAGAGCAGAAGACCUGCGAUGGCGGUCUUCGAUGGCAAAUCAUGAUGACCAACGCAGGUUUCAACUAUAAGUCGACCUUGGCCAACGUUCUUUUCUUCAACAUUGGCGCUCGUCUUGCCAGGCUCACAUCCAACGAGACGUACGCCGAUUAUGCCUCAAAGACCUGGGACUGGCUCGAGACCAGUGAGUUAAUCGACAAGGAGACUUGGGCAGUCUAUGAUGGUGCUCAAGCUACAAAGGCUACCAAGAACUGCACAAAUAUCAACCAGAUCCAGUGGUCCGCCAAUUCGGCAGGACUCACAAUGGGUGCUGCAUUUAUGUACAACUUUACUGAAGGAUCAGACGAGUGGAGGAAACGUACCGAGAGCCUCGCAUCAGCAACCUUGGAGACAUUCUUCAAAAAGAAUGGCGACUUCAAUGAGAUCGCGUGUGCGAAUAGCAAAGGAGAAUGCCCUCGUGACAUCGUCAUGUACAAGGGCUUCACGCACCGAUGGCUUGCAGUGGCCACCCAGGUGGCUCCCUUCACAGCCAGUUCCAUACUCCCUGUUCUUCGAAAGUCAGCUGAGGGCCUGAAAGCAGAGGGAAAUGGCGGUGAUGCCUUGGAACAGAAGUUCUCCAACUUUGUUGUCGUUUCCAACUUGUUGAUCGAUGACUCUUCUACCCCUGGGCAUCAGAAUGAGACCAGCGAGACGGACAAGGCGGAGGAUUCUCCCUCUUCGACUUCUGGUCCUGCUACCAAGUCGUCAUCUGCUGAAGCUGAGGGUAACUUUGCCAUCAAGCUUGCGGGUUCAGGUAGCUUCCUGGCUUUCUCCGUGCUCAUGAUGGCUUCCCAAUGGAUUCUGUAGAGCUAUAGUUGAAUAGGGUUGAAACUUGGCCGGACUAUUGCUUGGAUGCUCAGAUAUUAUCGAGUGCUGAGAAUUAACGUGUAUAGAGAUUUAUGAGACACAAAAACUAUAGAACCACCUGAAAGACAUGUUCGUAUAGCCCUCACCAGGUCUGAGCGACAUAAUUCUAACAUUUCCCUUGAAAUGACUGAGUUAGUGAGGAUAAUCUGGGAUCUGAUGGUUGAAACAACGUGAUCGAUUCGGAGCCAAAUCUAGGUCCCGGUGGAGACCGACGAUGGCUUCCAGGUUUUGGCCCGCAUCGGAAGCUAAGUGGAGCUCUAGAAACUUUCCGAAGGUCCGGUGGAAUAGAGACCGAAGUCUACCGAAGCUUGGGGCUGAUAGUGGAUCAUUGCGUUGGAGAUACUCCAGCAUGAAGUUUGCAAUCACAAUGCGGC